UAAUCUUCUCUCACUUAAACACACAUACACCUCUCCUAAACACACUGCUGACUCAAUUCUUUUACUACACUAAAAAGUACUCAAUGGGUUCAUGUGGAAUUUUUUCAGUAAGUGUGAAGCAAAGGGACAUCAUCGCCGCUACAUUGCCUGUGCAAGACCACUGGCUACAGAUGUCAAACCUAGACCUACUCCUUCCGCCAUUGGACGUCGGAGUUUUCUUCUGCUACAAAAGAUCUCUUCCUCAUGAAGAGAGCGUGAAGAUAAUCAAAAAAUCACUAGCACAAGCACUAGCUCCGUUUUACCCGUUCGCUGGAGAAGUUGUCCAAAACAACGAUGGUGAACCUGAGCUGCUCUGUAAUAACCGUGGUGUGGAUUUCAUUCAUGCGCAUGCUGACAUGGAGCUUAGGCGGAUUGAUCUCCACCACCCAGAUGAUUCUGUAGAGAGAAAACUUGUUCCCUCUAAAAAACGAGGCGUUCUUUCUGUUCAGGUCACAGAACUAAACUGUGGAGGCUUGGUAAUCGGAUGCACAUUUGAUCAUCGAAUAGCUGAUGCGUACUCAAUAAACAUGUUUUUAAUUGCAUGGGCUGAAAUUUCUCAAUCGAAACAAAUUUCGUCUCUUCCAUCUUUCAGGCGUUCCAUGCUUAACCCAAGACGCCCACCUGUUAUGGACACCUUCUACAACACCCUAUUCGUCCCUUUAUCAUCUCUCCCUCCACCACGUUCUUAUUUCCCAGCCGAACCCCUCAUAAGCCGCAUAUACUACAUUCAAGCCAAAGAUAUUAAUGACCUUCAAUCGAAUUCCAGUUUUAAUGGAAACCCAAAAAGAAGUAAGGUUGUAUCGUUUAUUGCCUUUUUAUGGAAGAUAAUUGCAGAGUGUGAUGACGGCUUCAACACGUGUAAGAUGGGCGUUGUAGUUGAUGGGAGAGAAAGGCUAAACGAGGUCAACUUUGACAAACUCUCUUUAUCGAAUACAAACUCUUUUUCCAUGCGAAACUACUUUGGAAAUGUACUCUCUAUCCCUUAUGGUGAGGCGAAUUGUGGAGAUCUAAAGGAAAUGCCACUCAGUCGAGUCGCUGACAUGAUCCAUGAGUUUGUGGGUCCUACAAUGACUGAGGAACAUUUUAGGGGACUCAUUGAUUGGGUUGAGUUGCAUCGACCCGAGCCAGCAGUUGCAAGAAUAUACACUAAAAUGGAAGAAAAUGAGGGUGAAGCUGUAGUUGUGUCAUCAGGGCAACGCUUUCCUGUAGAAAGCAUUGAUUUUGGAUGGGGUAAGCCACAUUUUGGGUCGUAUCAUUUUCCAUGGGGUGGUCAAACUGGAUAUGUAAUGCCGAUGCCGAGUGUUAGGAAAAAUGGGGAUUGGAUAGUUUAUAUGCAUAUGCUUGAAAAGCAUUUAGACUUGGUGGAGACCAAGGGAAGGAAGGUGUUUAAACCUUUAACUCCGUCAUACCUUGACUUUUAAUGAUCAAAUGUCAUAUAUCAAUGUAAAAUAUUUAUAUAUAUUGUGUUUGUCACCCAUUCUCGUUGUUGGGUUUAAAAUAUGUAAUUGAAGUUAUGUUUUCAUGGCAAAAGAGUAGUGAAAUAUGUUUUAAGCAAUAAUUUUUGCUGAAAGUA